GACUACUUCUUAAUUGCGGACAUCAAAGAUGCUGUUAAGAAAGGGAACGGACAGAGAAUAAACCAACUCCACAAACAACUGCUGCACCACUUUAAGACUGAUUCUGGGUACAAUGCAUAUGGGGUUGAAAUGUUCAUUAGCAUUAUCCAAAACGAGGUUCUGCUUUCAGAAGAAGAAGCCUACCAGUGUACUUGGGCAGCAACGAGAAACUGGACUGGGGGCAAAGAAAAGAACUUAGAGAUUGACCUCAUGCAGGAAAAUCGGAACAGGGACUUGAAAAAAUUGAUCAAAGGCAUGGGUGCAAACAAGACAGAUAAGGCGAUCGAGCGUGCAAGCAAAGCAGUAGGUGGUGUUAGGAAGGUGAUGCAGAAUUUUGAUGCUCAAGCAGCUAUCCACACCAAAUCAACUGCCCAUAGUCACAAAUCUUCAUCUUCAGAUGAACGAAAGAUCAUGAAAGACUUGCGAAACUUGAAGCCUUUCACACAUGAGAGUGACAGAAAGCAUGAUGCAUUUCCCUGUGUCAUCUGA